GCAACUCAUCCGCUCACUUUGUCCGGGGCAAAGUUUAAAAUCCACUGUGAAAAUAAAAUGAGCGCAACGUAUUCGCUAAUUUUUUAAAGCGUAAAAUGUGAUAAUACCUAUUUAAAUUAAUCAUAACUCAAAACAAUCGUUAUUAAUAUUUUUCUCAACCCAUAUCAGACAAUUUAACAUAUUUUUUCGCAGUUAUAACUGUUAAAUUGUUAUCGGGAAACUUACGUUCACAAUUGAUUAAAGUAACUCCCCUGGAAAUUAAUUAAAAUUGUCGUUAUCGUACGAUAGUUCAACUACAAUGUUUAUUGUAUAAUGCUUGACACCUAUGAUUAUGAUACCGGGAUGAUGUCUGUGAGAAUAUCGCGUGACACUGUCGCGUGGUGUGAUCGACGUUUGUGCAAGGAAGCCGUGGUAUUGAGACGGGCUCACGUAUGUUGAACCCCCGGUGGAUAUCCUGCGGUGACACCAAGUGUUUACUGUGUGUUUGUGCGCGAGUGUACAGAGACGCUGGGUGACGUAUAGUGUCAAGAAGAGUGUUGAGUAUCAGGUGGUGAAUUAUUAUUGCAUUUCAAGGGACUUAUUAUUUUUAAUGACCCAAAAUGUUGCUUACGGUUGUACUUUGGCUCCUGAUGAUUGAGACGCCCGGUGCACAAGGUUUGAUGUAUCGCGAUCAGCGUACAAUAUACGGCCACAGUAGCAACAACAGCGAAGUGCCGACGUACGAGACAUACGUUACAAGAAAUGUAACAACAGCUAUUGGACAAACAGCCUUUUUACAUUGCCGUGUUUAUAACCGGGGUGACAAAGAGGUAUCGUGGAUGCGAAAACGGGACAUGCAUAUAUUAAGCGCUGGUAUAUCGACGUACACAACUGAUCUGAGAUUUCAAGUCAUUCAUCCAGACAGAUCUGAGAAUUGGACACUGCAGAUAAAGUCACCCCAGCCCAGGGACUCGGGUACAUACGAGUGCCAGGUCAGCACUGAGCCGAAGAUGUCUCUCAACUAUACGCUCAACGUGGUUGAGGCGAAAGCUAGGAUAGAGGGUCCAGCUGACAAGUAUGUGAAGACAGGCAGUGAACUGACUCUGACGUGUUUGAUGUCCCAAGGACCGCACGACUUGGGCACUGUGGCGUGGUACCGUGAUAAUCAGCCGGUAGUGACAUCACCUAAGAACGAGAACGACGUGGACGCUGAACCACGGAUCAAUGUGGAAACAGUCUGGAGCGAUGCCCUCACAUCCAGAUUAAAGAUUAUCUACGCAAAGCCCAGUGACUCAGGAAAUUACAGUUGUGUACCAACAGUUGCUGAGAGAGCGAGUAUAAAUGUUCAUGUUAUUAAUGGUGAACAUCCUGCGGCAAUGCAGCACGGGAAUACAGCUGUCAGUAAACCAGCACCCUAUCUUCUACUUGCCCUGAUUCUGUGCCAAUUCAGAUAAUAUGAUGCGCCGUGAUUACAGUGUGUACCAAAGAGGGAAAAGAAUUAUUGUGUACGUGAGAAUGCACUGCAAUGCGUGUGUGUCCGACCGAUAAAAGAUAUUAAAAAAUAACGAAUGAAUUGUGUGAGAGAGAGAGAGAGCGAGUGAAAAGGAGAGAAAUUUUCCGAGUGAUUGUUACAUCAGUGUAUGUUCAUGUUCCCCAGUAUGUAGAUGCAGCGAGGGAAAUCAAAAAAAAAUUGAUUGAUUUGUACUGAUUGAGACAUUGAUGACAAUUCUCCAUUGCUCAAACGUCGCGACCAUAUUUUUCUCCGCGUGUCUCUCUUGGAAAACGAUAAAAUAGAAUGUUUUAACGAACAUGUCAACAGUUGACGGGAAAUAGAAAAUCUAGAGGCAGUACGAGAAAAGCACAUCUCGGAUGUGUUUGAAAACCCGGUAUUUUCCUCGAGCGUCGUUUUUGAACAAUUAAAAUUGCAUUAGGGAAUGCUCCUUUUCACGAUUGAGAUCCCCUUUCCGACGUCUCUUCCACCUAUUAUCCCGUUGGAAGAUGAAAGGAGGCAAAAGGUGAAAACUAUCAAACGUGACAGAACACAAGCCAAGACGUUAAAUGAAUGAGCGAAGCUGAAGGGGACAAAAUAAAUAAAGAAGACAGAGAGGGAAUAACAAUAUUGUCUGUAGGUAACGAGGCGCGUCCUCUUCUCAUGAUCCCAGCUCCACCCCCAGUCCCUCAACUGAAAAUUUUCCUUCCAUCAAAACCGACAUUUUUUAACCCACUGCAAAAUUCUCUUCAUACCGUUCCUGUGAUCCCCUUUCCCUCCCGCCCACGUACUUUACCACCCCAGGUCUAUUGUCCAACUUCCCUUCAGCACCUUUGGAAUUCUCGAUAACUUUCAGAGAAAUGAGAGUCUCAUUAUUAUUCCUCGGAGUUGGAGAAUUAAAUGAAAAAAAAAAAAAUUGAUAAUAUAUAUGGCGUCGAAUUGUGUGCUUCUCUUUCCCGCUGAGGUGAGAAUAAUCAGAAGUUUUGGCCUGUCUCCUUUCAUCCCCUAUCCCUUCUCCUACAUGACCAUAGAAUCGCACAGUGUUAAAUGUCAAAUAAGUGUCACGUUAUAGGAGAAAAUAACGAGAAAUUUUAAAAGAAAAUAAAAAAAAGCAGAUAAGUAAUGAUAAUGAAACAGAUAUUUCCACCCUGAAAAUUAAUUUCUAUGUGACUUCAAAACCAUUUACAUACGUAAGACAUUACAUACGAGUAAGACAUUAAAUAUUGAUAAUAUGAAAAUGAUAGGAGGUAAUCAAUGAGAAUUACAGUGAUAUGAUUCACGAGAGCAAAAGGAAAUUGGAAACAAAAUCAUUGAAAAAUAACAUUUCCAUAAAAAAAAAAAAUAUUAUAUCACCCUGUUUUUAUUUUUUCGUAUGGCAAAUAUGGCCCGGCUGUGUUUACUAUUUUAAUCUUGUUUUUCAUGUCCAUAUUUCCAACCUUGUAUAUAAUAUUUUACUCUUGUAAAUAAAUUUAUCCACAUAAAAAUACAUAGGUCACGCUUUUAUUUCACAAAAAUACGCUAACAGCUUCCGAUGAAACUUAAAUUA